UGGGCCAUCAACUCUUACAACACAGCAAUGACUCAAAACAACAAUAUGUCGAACUAUUUCUGGAUCUAUUCUCAGUACUCUGUGACUGUCUGAAAAGUGUUGAGUUCAUCAAGUUUCAUAGUUUAGUGGGUUGAGAAAGUUUGAGCAUGGUUUGGAUCACAUCUAUGCUGUUAGCCACAGUUUUGUGGUCAGGGUUUUUUGAUCAAACUUGCUCCAAAGAAAUAGAGGAAACCCACCAUGAGCUCAACUUUUCCAGGAAAAUACAGUCUGAGAGUUCAACAGUGGUCCUUGUUCAGGUGAUUCAUCGCCAUGGAGACCGUAGUCAAACUAGCACAUAUCCUAAUGACCCAAAUAAAAAUAGUUGGCCUCAAGGUUUUGGGCAGUUGACCACGAUGGGCAUGAAUCAAGGGUUUGAGCUUGGCCAGUUUUUGCAGUCCUGGUAUGGGGAGCUGAUUGAUAAAGUGUUUAACCACACCCAGGUGUCCAUCAGAAGCACAGAUUACGCUCGUACACUGAUGACAGCAGAAUGUGUAGCAGCUGGGCUGUUCUCACAAGCUGACAGACAGAACCACUCUGUCCAGGGCUUGCCUUCAAUCAAUUGGCAGCCUGUGCCCAUUUACUCUGUGCCUAAAUCCAUGGAUCGGCUGCUAAGACCCUCAUCAAGUUGUGAGUACAUUAAUGACUUGAGAUCAGAAGUGGAAGUCUCAUUUGAUUCUCAGCAGGAGUUGUUGUUCCAGAAGGAACUUAUGCUGAAUUUGAGCAGGUUUACUGGUAUGGAUAUAAAUGCUACCAGCUUGCAUUAUUUGGCUGAUAUAGUCUUCUGUCAGAACAGCCACAACAUGACGCAGCCCAAGUGGUUGACCCCUGACAUUCAGACGCAGCUGUACAGCUAUAAACAAAACAAGGCUUCUGUUACAGCAGCGGAUGCCAAGUAUUUAAGUGGAACAUUGCUAGAGACAUUAAUCAAUAAUAUACAAGCAAAGAUGAAGGGCAGCCAGAACAAGAUGUAUUUGUAUUCUGCACAUGAGUCACCACUGAGAUUUUUAAUGGCACUCCUGGGGGUGGACACAAGACUUGAGGUACCCUACGCAGCAGCUGUCAUUGUGGAGCUACACCAGAUCGAGGGCAAACAUUUGAUCAGGCUGUUCUAUAGAAACAGCACAACCCAAGCACCUCAUGUCCUGGUAGCUGCAGGCUGCCCUAAUGAGAUGUGCCCCUUCCACAUAUUUAAUGAAGUCUAUCAAAAGCGAAUGCUGACAGAUAAGGAAUGGGAUGAUAUUUGUAUUGAAGCCCCUUAUAAAAGUUUUGUUUUGGCAGAAAGUCUGUUCCCUCUGCUGGUUGGAGUGUUGGUGGCCUUCAUAGGCCUGGAUGUGUUCCUGGGAUUUAAGCUUUUCAACCUGCACAAUGUACUGCGACAUGGCCCUCAUCUAGAGCAAUAUGCCCUGCUGGAAGCUGAACAAGAUCACAAUGAGAGUGAUGUGGAAUUUGAACUGGAAGAAAUGCAUACAAAAGUGAAGAAUGAGGAUCUAAAGCAAAAUAAUGGGGGUGGAUCUCACGUUAUUGAUUCAGAUGAAAGUAUAUAACACAAGGAAGUUAGGCAGCCGUGUUUUUAUUGCUUGUUGAAUAAUAAUCAGGUUGUGAUUCCAUUACCACCUGUAUCUGGCUCAUCCAUGACAUUCCUGUAGCUGAGUCCUGAUUGGCCAGGGGACUGCUGCUACUGUGAUAUAGAUCUGACCAAUUGUGACAAAUAUGUGAUCAUUCAGGAAUUUUUAAAAAUGUGAAUUUUCAUUAACUACAGUAUGUCUUUUAAAGUAAUUUGAAACCAAAUAACCAAAAAUGUAAAUACCUUAAGAUCUAAAUAUAAUCACAUAUAACCAGAUACAAUGAAAGAUUGAAUUUAUUUUUAAAUGACUUCCCUGUAACAUUACCAUUUCAAGCUCUAAAUCAACUGUUUUUGUUUUUAUUGUGUUCAACCUGAGUGUGCUAUAGCAUUCAUAGAAGAUUGUGGUGCCACAGCUGUGUAGACUUCCCACAUAAUUGGACCCAUUUGUAGUGGCUCACAUUGUCUAAAAAUGUUAUCUUGUUUUGCAAUUGAUUCUCAGAUCUAGUCAGUAUUGUCAGGGCUCAAAUUUUAAAUGAUAUUAAUUUUUAAAAAUCUGAUUUGAAAUGAUAUUGUUACCUCUCUGUGAUAUUCUAUUGGUUCAUGGUGGGCAGAGAUUUAAGUUAGAUGUUGUUUGAUCUCUAGUCAUGCCAGUGGAUAUUGUCUUAUGUGAUUCUUGGUGGGCAGAGAUUUAAGUUAGAUGUUGUUUGAUCUCUAGUCAUGCCAGUGGAUAUUGUCUUAUGUGA